CCAAAGGCCGAUGUCUUCACCGGUCAUCCGCUUAUUGAUGACCAGUUGAACGAUGUCUUGCGACUCGCAUUUCGUGAUUAUAUAAACUCUUGGUAUGCAUUCGUAUCGCCCAAUCAGGAGUUCACUCUUCAUCUCUACUCCAUCGCUCAGUUGGCCAUCAAAUCAGUCACUCAAAGGUUUCAUUCAAUGGAUAUCGUGUCAUAUAUGACAACCAAAUUAGUCGAUGAUUUUGCCUCUCAUUUAAGGCUUUAUCGUUUGGCACAGAAUAAACUCAAAGAACUUAAAGUUAACGAUCCGAACGCAAACCUGUUGUCGAUAUUCUUCGACUUUGAAGUAUCGAUGGAACGAAACAUUUGCCGCGAUUUGGUCAGUGAAGACAAUGAGAGCUGUUCCGACUAUUUAUCCCAAAUCUGGACUUGUUGUUAAGUCAUGUUUAUAUCCUUUACUGGAAAUGCUGUCCGAUCCAGACU